AUGGAAGAAAUGGAGUACGAAUUCGCAGAAGGAACAAGCGCUCGGCAGCCAGCCCAAGGUGCAUCACCCUUCAAUAUACAAUUGUGCAGUCUCUUUCUCCACUCAGAUGUCAGCAAGGAAGUACCUCCAGGGUGCGAACUCCGGCACCGAAUAACCGCCCAAGACGAAGACGUAUACUCAGGGAAAGAAGAGGGCGAGAUCAGCGCCAACGAUGGAGACUCUAGAGCGGGUGAUUGGGAACCAAAUAUGGAAUAUGGCGAUACGGUUUUGCUGGACAACAAUAACUACAGGUAUUCAUGGGAGGUUUCAAAUGAGACAAGCACCUCUGUUCAGUUCAAACGCCAAGGGGACUUCUCAAAUAAUGGACUUCGGGCUGAGAGUUGA